UUCAAACAACAUAAGUAAUCAAUAAUAAUGUUUUUAAUUACGUACGUCUAGAUAAAGAAAUAAGUAUUAAAACUUACUUUCUAGUUCUGGGUUUUUAGAAGCUCCGGGAUUGGAAGAAUUCCAAUUUUCAAUCGGAUCUGAAAUAAUUAACAAAAGUUGCAAUUAAUUUUUAACACACAAAUUAAAAUAAUUAUAAAUAAUAUUUAAUACAUAGAUAUACUUACUCUCUUUCAAUUCCGCCUGCUUUUUACAUUUUAAGAUAUGAUGCCCCAUCCGCGUACGUUUCACUAGGUGAGUUUUUACAAAAGGACACACUGCCAAGUCAGUAUUCAUUUUGUUAACUAUUCGACAAUGAUUAUUUUACAACAGUUUAUAUAAUGCAGAAAUUAAUUAUUGAUUCCCACCUCUACUGCAGCCAUUGUACAAUGUAGUUUGCUUGAGAGCGUUGAGACCACAUUCCAUACAUAUUUCUAUGUCUGCAAAAGCAACUUGCAGCGAAACAAAGAAACCGGUCUUGUAGCACCUGGUGAUGCAGUUUAUCGAUGCAACAUUCCAUUCGAACAAAGAAACAGGUAAAGUAGCGUGGGUUACCACCUCCAACUGUUAGUCGGCGUGGGUACAAGUUCCACAUUGCCUGUUAGUAUAAAUAUCAUACCCCGCCUUUACUGUUCAGUUUAUAUCUACAAGUUUACGCAGUGCAAACAAUGGCAGACAAUCCAAAAAACGUAUUAAGUUUAAAACAUCGCGAAAGUGAUGACGAAUUGACCGAUGACGAAUGGGUGCCAUCGUUCGAUCGGAGAGUGGACCAAAAUUUUAUUACCAACCGGGCCAACCAAGCAGUGCAGGAAAUAAUUAUUUUGAGCGACACAGUUUCCUCCGACAGAACCAUACGCCAGGAUAUAUCAGUGUCUUCGUUGCAAACAUCCAUCGUCGAGGGGCCUUUGGCAGCCUCUCCGCAGAAAAAGCGUGCUGGGAGCCCGAUUUUAGCGUCCAGCAGCACUUCGGUGGUACGCUCUAGCGACGAGGGACCUUCGGCAGCAUCUCCUCCGAAAAAGCGUGCUACGACUCCGAUCUUGGCAUCUAGCAGCACUUCGAUGGAGCGCUCCAUCGACGAGGGAACUUCACCACAAUUCCCAAAAAAUCGUGUUGAAAUCUUGGCCUCCAGCAGCACAUUGAUGGUACGCCCCGUCGACGAUGAGGGUCCAACCUUCCGCCCAACGAUCACAUCAACUCCAGGACGAAAUGACGGGCUGGAUGAUGUUGUUGAGUCGAUACGGGCGAAAGCGGCCCUACAACACAUCCAGCUUGAAGAGUUCAAAAACAUCUGGUACGGCGAUUUUAAACAGUACGUGAGGCGAAAAGAAGCCGAGGUUAUUAACGAGGUGAGAUUUAGAAGACAAACAGCUAUGCAAAAUUUAGAGAAAAUUAACGACUAUCGCAAAGUACUGGAUGAAAUCGCCGAGGAGUUGACGGUAGACAUUAACAAUAUGAAUGCCACCAUGGCAUAUAUGGAUGGUUUUGCGGAAGGGUUACCAGAGAAGAUGUUCAACUUACCGAAUGCUCCUCGACCCCGACCUCCCUCGGAUUGACUGAACGUGAUAGACUUUUUAAUGUUAGUGU